AAUAUCAAAUUCCAGAUUUAUUUCUCUCUCUACCUCGAUGGCUUCGCUUUUAAAUAUACACCCUUUUCACCCCUAUCCAUUUUCUUCUUUCCUUUUUCGUCGCCUUUUCAAUGGCUUCCCUUUUCGCUCUCCGAAUUUCCAGUUUACACAAUCAAGAAAUUGUCAGAUCAUGGAACUUAGCAAAAUCUGGUACUAAGAAACUGUGUUCAUCUAACAUAAAUGUGAAUGAGCAGAGUUUUGGCUGUGUAAAAUAUGUCGUUCUGCAAGGACAUCUUUCUGGAUCAUUGUCCCAAAAGAUUCCAGUGAAAUGCAUUCCUUCAGAAGCACUAGGAUCAGUGGCAGCUACAGGCAACCCUGACCAAAACAUUAUUAUGGUGGACUCUUCUAUAGUCAGUAGUCACAGGGAUGAGAUGGAAUUCAGCCGAGUCAAUUGUCUUGUGUGGGUACUGCAUGAGUCUGCAAGAAGCUUUUCAGUUGCAGUACAGACCCUUGAAUUGGCUAAAAAUAGGCCCGAGCUUGCAAUGGCAUGGGUUGGGGUGGAUGUGCAUGCCUGGCAUAAAAGCAUCGCAUAUCAGGUAGCAAUUUAUGCUUUGUUCAAAGCAGCAAUAGAAGUGGAAGUGUUUCUUUCUCGCAAACGCAGCAACAAUGUUUCUUCUGUUCAUGAAAUUUUAUCCCCAAUCACCGACUUUCUUGGAGAGCGCAUUGAAAGUCAGUUGAAUUUGAGGCAUCCAAAGCUGGUGCAAUGGUUUAGAACACUGGAGCUGCCACGGAUUGCAGGAAUGUUCAUUCCCCUAUUCAAGAAAUGGUCUGUGGACUAUGCAGGAAGUGGUGUUGCAGGAAAUAUCUUGGCAAUAAGUUGUUGCACAGCAGUGCGGAAAUUAGGUUCAGGACGAGUUUCUUGUCCUUUGUUUUCAGCUUCAGUUGAAGAUGCACUAGUAGAGCUCAUGAACUUGUCACAUAGACUUGUUUCAAUUGAUAAAUUGCACUAUUUAGCUACUGAGGCUGGAUUCGAAGAAGACUUCUUGAUCCAUUUUGGUAGAAAGGUUCUACCAAGUAACAAUAUUGAAGAUGUAGAAUUUUGGAUAGGAUUGGUUCAACGAAAACUCAGUAAUGCAUUUCACAGAGAAAAUGUAAUUGCAGACAAGCAUAAUUUUCACGACAAGGUUCAAGAAAAUAGUUUAGCUACCCUGGGACUUUUUGCAUAUCUGGGAAGAGAGACAAGAUUGUUCCUCUCGGAAAUGGGUGUAAAGGAUCUUGAUGAGCAAACUAGAGAUUUUCUGAGUUACUUAGAAUGUGGUAGCCUUCUUUUGCAUCCAGAAUUCUCCACUCUCUCUGAGUAUCAGCUCUUCAUGGAGGUAGUAGCCAAUGAAAUUGGAUGGCUCGACUUUUAUGCUGAAUCUGCUAGCAAGUUUUGUGUCAAAAGAAGAUCCAAACAACAUCCAAUUCAAGCGGAAAAAGAAAUAAUUUUGUACACUGUUUUAACUGUAUGCUAUGAUGUUAUAGCUGGAUUCGCCCACUAUAACAAUUCUGCGCAGCAGCCAUUAGAUGCAAAGUUACUGGACUUCUUGCUUCAGAGUCAGAGUCUGCUGUCUGUAUGUCUGGAGGACUACUGGGCAGCUUAUGAUAGAACAGGAGAAGUGCAAAAAUUUGCUGAUAGAAGUGCAUCUGAUCCGGCAGCAUCUUUGUUUAGUAAAGGUGGAAUGGGUUCAUCCAUCAUAUUGGACGUGAAAGAGAAGCCAAUACAUCAAUAUAGAUCUAGAUUGAAUCAGACCACCAGCUCUGCUGUGAUGGACCCUGUGACACUGGUGGAAUCGGAAUGCUCUACUGCACCCAAACCAAUGCAUGAAAAUUUACUAAGAAAAUCUAUGACCAAGCUGAUAUCUGCAAGUGUUGAUUUCUGGAUGGGUACUGAAUUGCUCUUUACAGACGUAUCGGAUGCUUUAGAGCUACUUAUAAAGCAGUUGAAAGGCCGUCAACUCACCAAAAGGGAGAGAAAGAAAAUGAAGAGAACGCUGGGUGAUAUAGCUACCCUUGUUCCCAUAACCAUCUUAAUGCUAAUCCCUGUUUCCGCAGUGGGUCAUGCAGCAAUGCUAGCGGCAAUCAAGAAAUAUGUCCCAAGUUUGAUUCCUUCUCCGUUUUCUUCUGAAAGGCUUGAUCUAAUGAAACAAUUAAAGAGAACGAAGAAGAAAGAAGUCCAAGCUCGAAGCAGCAUAGACAACCCUUCUUCUAAAGUUGUAGAGUGAAUGCAAGCUGCGGGAAACAACCUCAUUAUCAUGGUGUUGGUGCAGCUUAACUUCUGUAGAGUGGCAAGAGGCGUUGCACAUAUACCUUAUUACAGCCAAUGCAAGAAACUAUCAGUAAGAGGAAACAGAAACAACACUUUUUCACAAGCACAUGUACACACAGAUCCUGCUAAAUUUAGUUCUAGAGAAAGCAACUUUGUUUUUGAUCAACUGUAUUUUCUCUAGGCAUCAUCUGACAAUUGUUCAUAUAUAUCCAUGGUUUAAAAUGAAGCUUUCGAGUUUCUAAA